UCAGCUCAAAGACCAAUUCUACAUUCCCCACAUUGCAAAACCCACACAGAGAUCCCGACCACCGUGUACUGGGGCUGUGAGGCUCAGAGCUCAGAACCAGAGUGCUCUAAAGUCUGGACUAUGCUUGGGACCCAGGGACACGGAAGGUUUGCAGUUGAUGCAACAUGGAGUUGAUUGAGGAUAUCUCCCGUCUACCACUGGUGUAUGUGAAGGGUAUCCCACUCAUCAAAUAUUUUGCGGAGGCGCUUGGGCCAUUGCAGAACUUCACUCCCUGGUCUGAUGACUUGCUUAUCAGCACAUACCCAAAGUCUGGUACUACCUGGAUGAGUGAGAUCCUGGAUAUGAUCUACCAGGGAGGCAAGCUAGAAAAGUGUCUCCGGGCCCCUAUCUAUGCCCGGGUGCCCUUCCUUGAGUUCGGAUGCCCGGGAGUUCCCUCAGGUCUUGAAACUUUUGAAGAGACACCAGCCCCGUGGCUCCUUAAGACACAUCUGCCCCUGUCCUUGCUCCCUCGGAGUCUGCUGGAUCAGAAGAUCAAGGUGAUCUACAUUGCCAGAAAUGAGAAGGACGUGGCCGUCUCCUAUUAUAACUUCUACAACAUGGCCAAGGUGCACCCUGAUCCAGGCACCUGGGACAGCUUCCUGGAGAACUUCAUGGAGGGGAAAGUGUCCUAAGGGUCGUGGUACCAGCACGUGAAGGAGUGGUGGGAGCUGACACGCUCUCACCCUCUUCUCUAUCUCUUCUAUGAAGACCUGAAGGAGAAUCCAAAAAGGGAGAUCAAAAAGGUCCUGGAGUUUUUGGGGCGCUCUUUGCCUGAGGAGACCGUGGAUCUCAUUGUUCACCACACAUCCUUCAAGAAAAUGAAGGAGAACCCCAUGACUAACUACACCACUCUCCCCUCUGCAGUCAUGGACCAUGAUGUUUCUCCCUUCAUGAGGAAAGGUACCACUGGGGACUGGAAAAACACCUUCACUGUAGCUCAAAAUGAGCGCUUUGAUGCCCACUAUGCUAAGAUGAUGAGAGGCUGCAAUCUCAAAUUCCGUUGCAAUCUGUAA